GUCUUUAUCGCGCCCCUCAUAGAAACAACGCGUUUUCAUGCCAUUUUGCCUCUAGGAGUUCCCGACCUCGGCCAUUUCAUGACAACUCCUCUCUCCCCUGCAAGCCCAGCUAGUAUACCCUCCUGCUGGCGUACUGUAUCUCAUUUAUCCGAAACUGAAAACCAACCAGCGCUUCAGACAUCUGAGAUUCCGUGUUCAUCGGGACCCCGUCAACCGCCGUUAUGGCUACGAACGCUGCUUCGCACAUCUCCGUUGGGGCCUUAAGUGCAAUAUUUGACGACUCGAAAGUUGCUCCGCAGGAGCCCAUUGUCCAAUGUGUCCAGAUCAAACCCUUACCUCCGCAACAAAAUAAUCAGGAGCGCUUUCGCGCUGUCUUUAGCGACAUUUCGAACUAUGUACAAACUAUGCUUGCAACCCAAGCGAAUCACCUCGUUACAAGUGGGCUUCUUCGUAAAGGAUGUUUCGUCCGUCUCAAGUCAUUCCAAGCAAAUUCUGUCAAGGGCAAAAAGAUUUUGAUCAUCUUGGACCUCGAGGUCCUGCAGGAACUUGGAGAGUGUGAAAAGAUUGGCGAGCCAAAGCCUCUCGAAACCAAGCCCGAGGAUGAUGAGAAAGCGCAGUCCACCGCGAUUUCUAGUAACGGCUUUUACGGCACAAAGGCACAAACCCAGCCUCAGCCGCAGGCCCGGCGUGUACAGACACACGGUCAUGCAGCAGCCUCAGCCCAUGCUACAAUCUAUCCGAUAGAGGCGAUUUCUCCUUACUCGCACAAGUGGACGAUUAAGGCACGGUGUACAAGCAAGUCGGCGAUCAAAACUUGGCACAAUAGAAAUGGAGAAGGGAAACUAUUCAGCGUUAAUCUCCUCGAUGAUAGUGGCGAGAUUCGAGCUACCGGUUUCAACGACCAAUGUGACAUGCUCUAUGAUGUUUUCCAGGAAGGUAGUGUGUACUACAUAUCCAGUCCCUGCAGGGUCCAGAUCGCGAAGAAACAGUUCAGCAACCUGAACAAUGACUAUGAGUUGACCUUCGAAAGGGAUACCGUGGUCGAAAAGGCGGAAGACCAAAACGAUGUACCACAAGUCCGAUUCAAUUUCACUAGCAUCGGUGACUUGCAGGCAGUCGAGAAAGACACCACCAUUGACGUAAUUGGGGUCUUGAAGGACGCAGCAGAAACGUCUCAAAUCAUAUCCAAGACAACCAGUAAACCCUACGACAAACGUGAGUUGACUCUUGUUGACAACACAGGCUUUUCUGUUCGUUUGACAGUGUGGGGUUCUACUGCAACGGAGUUUAGUGCUGCGCCGGAGUCGGUCAUCGCGUUCAAAGGAGUGAAAGUUUCAGAUUUCGGGGGUAGAAGCCUAAGUUUGCUAAGCUCCGGAUCGAUGACUAUUGACCCGGAUAUUGAGGAAGCUCAUAAGCUUAGAGGCUGGUAUGAUGCCCAAGGCCGGUCUGAUACUUUCACUUCUCAUGCUUCACUGUCAAGUGCCAUAGGCACUACUCCUGGGAGACGCGAUCAGUUCAAGACCGUGGCACAGAUCCGGGAGGAGCAGCUGGGCAUGUCCGAAACUCCAGACUUCUUUUCACUGAAAGCUACUGUUAUCUACAUAAAACAGGAUAAUGUGGCUUAUCCAGCCUGCAUUUCUGAGGGUUGCAACAAGAAGGUGACAGAGCUCGACCCUGGGCAGUGGCGUUGUGAGCGCUGCGAAAAAACGCAUCCUAGACCGGAAUAUCGUUACAUAAUGCUUAUCAAUGUCAGCGAUCACACAGGCCAGCUUUGGCUGAGUUGCUUUGAUGAAGUGGGAAGAGCUCUCAUGGGAACUUCAGCUGAUCAGCUGAUGGAACUCCGACAAAAUGAUGACAAGGCAGCAGGAGAAAUAUUCCAGGAUGCGAAUUGUCGAACAUGGAAUUUCAGGUGCAAGGCUAAAACAGAUAACUUUGGUGAUCAGCAACGCGUUCGGUAUCAAGUCUCCUCUGCUAAAGCCUUGAAUUAUUCAGAGGAAGCUUCACGUUUGGCUGAUAUUAUUCAAAUGUACACUGUAUAAUAGAAGGCGUGUAACUUUACCACGGUAUUUAUUAUGCCUUUGAAUAUCGAUGCCAAUAGUAUUUUUAUCUCUCGAUUUUGCCUCCUUGCUUGCUUGUUGCGCUUCUAUUGUCUUUGCCGUAUCGGAAUCGCCGCAACCCCCUGGUCUAUAGCAGUCAUUCUAUCAAUCUCCUAUCCUAUCAAGGCAAUCGAGAUUCGCCGUUGCCGAUACUCUACUACUCUCAAAAGAGUUGCUAUCUCCUACUCCCCUUGAAUGCCUGCAACGCCUUUAAUAUGGUAUAUGUGAGCAUAUAC